CUGCGCCUCCCGCGCGCGCGCGGCCCACCCGUCCCGCCCCGCCUGGUUUAUAGGGCCCGGCCCGAGCCUCUGGUCGCCCGCCGGAGUUUGUACUGCGACCUCCGACCAUGCCCGCCGACCUCAGCGGUACCUGGACCCUGCUCAGCAGCGACAACUUCGAGGGCUACAUGCUGGCCCUAGGUAUUGACUUUGCCACUCGUAAAAUAGCCAAGUUGCUGAAGCCACAGAAAGUGAUUGAGCAGAAUGAGGAUUCUUUUACCAUCCACACGAACAGCAGCCUAAGGAACUAUUUUGUGAAAUUUAAAAUUGGAGAAGAAUUUGAGGAAGAUAACAAAGGCCUGGACAACAGAAAAUGCAAGAGCUUGGUUAUCUGGGACAAUGACAGGCUCACCUGUGUCCAGAAGGGAGAAAAGAAGAACAGAGGCUGGACCCAUUGGAUCGAAGGAGACAAACUCCACCUGGAAAUGUUCUGUGAAGGUCAAGUGUGCAAACAGACAUUCCAGAGAGCCUGAUCCAUAUCCAGCAGCAGAGCCCACUUGUGGCUGCAGCUUUAUGCCAAAUUAUAUUGCAGACUGAACAGAUGUUUAUCCAUCCCAUUCGGUGAUGAGGACUCAUGGCUGGAGAGAGCCACACAGCCUGUAACCUGAAGUCAUCUAGAUUAUGGGGAAACUGCUCAGCUUCAAUAAACCUGUCCAAAUGAC